GGCAGAAGCCGAAGCAUCCGUGCAGCCUGUUCUCCCGCCUUCAUUUCCCAUCGUGCUGAGGCGGGUGGCAUGGCGGAGAAGGAUGACACCGGAGUUUGACGAAGAGGUGGUUUUUGAGAAUUCUCCACUUUACCAGUACUUACAGGACCUGGGACACACAGACUUUGAAAUAUGUUCUUCUUUGUCACCAAAAACAGAAAAAUGCACAACGACAGAGGGACAACAAAGGACUCCUACAAGAAUCCUGCCGAAACGAAGCAUCCUGUUAAAAGUGGCUCAAACCGUCAAAAAUUGGAUUUUUUUUCCUCAGUGCAAUGAGAGCGAUGACUUACUUCACAAGUUGGAUAUUGGAUUCCGACUCGACUCACUACAUACCAUCCUGCAACAGGAAGUCUUGGUACAAGAGGAUGUGGAGCUGAUUGAGCUGCUUGAUCCCAGUAUCCUGUCUGCAGGGCAACCUCCACAACAGGAAAAUGGACACCUUCCAACACUUUGCUCCCUGGCAGCUCCCAAUAUUUGGGAUGUCUCAAUGCUAUUUGCCUUCAUUAGUUUGCUCAUUAUGCUUCCCACUUGGUGGACAUUAUCUUCCUGGCUGGUGUGGGGAGUGAUUCUGUUUGUUUAUCUGAUCAUAAGAGCUUUGAGAUUAUGGAGAACAGCCAAACUACAAAUGACCCUAAAAAAAUACAAUAUCCGUUUGGAAGAUAUGGCAGCAAAUAGCCGGGCUUUUACUAACCUUGUAAGAAAAGCUUUACGUCUCAUUCAAGAAACUGAAGUCAUUUCCAGAGGAUUUACACUUUUGCUUGACAGGGUCAGUGCUGCUUGCCCAUUUAAUAAAGCUGGACAGCAUCCCAGUCAGCAUCUCAUCGGUCUUCGGAAAGCUGUCUACAGAACUGUAAGAGCCAACUUUCAAGGAGCAAGGCUAGCUACCCUAUAUAUGCUGAAAAACUACCCCCUGAACUCGGAGAGUGACAAUAUAACCAACUACAUCUGUGUGGUGCCUUUUAAGGAGCUGGGCCUUGGACUUAGUGAAGAGCAGAUUUCAGAAGAGGAAGCACAUAACCUUACGGAUGGCUUCAGCCUGCCUGCUUUGAAGGUUUUGUUCCAACUGUGGGUGGCACAGAGUUCAGAGUUCUUCAGACGGUUAGCCCUGUUACUUUCUACAGCCAAUUCACCUCCUAGGCUCUUGCUUACUCCAACACUUUUGCCUCAUCGUAUUUUGUCUGAUGUGACUCAAGGUCUACCUCAUGCCCAUGCUGCCUGUUUGGAAGAGCUUAAGCGCAGCUAUGAGUUCUAUAGGUACUUUGAAACUCAGCACCAGUCAGUACCACAGCGCUUAUCCAAAACUCAACAGAAAUCAAGAGAACUGAGUAAUGUUCAUACAGCGGUACGCAGCUUGCAGCUCCAUCUGAAAGCAUUACUGAAUGAGGUAAUAAUUCUUGAGGAUGAACUUGAAAAGCUUGUUUGUGCUAAAGAAACACAAGAACUAGUAUCAGAGGCUUAUCAAAUCCUAGAACAAAAAUUGAAGUUGAUUCAGCCCCAUGUUCAAGCAAGCAACAAUUGCUGGGAAGAAGCUAUUUCUCAGGUGGAUAAACUGCGAAGAAAUACAGAUAAAAAAGGCAAGCCUGAAGUAGCGUGUGAAAACCCACAUUGUACUGUGGUACCUUUGAUGCAGCCUACUGUUCACAUUGUCGACAGAGAUCCAAUCCCUGAAGAACAGGAAUUAGAAGCUUAUGUAGAUGAUAUAGAUAUGGACAAUGAUUUCAGAAAGGAUGAUUUUUAUUACUUAUCUCAAGAAGACAAAGAGAGACAGAGGCGUGAGCAUGAAGAAUCCAAGAGAGUACUUCAAGAAUUAAAAUCUGUGCUGGGAUUUAAAGCUUCAGAGGUAGAAAGGCAGAAGUGGAAGCAACUUUUAUUUAGUGAUCAUGCUGUGUUGAAAUCCUUGUCUCCUGUAGACCCAGUGGAACCUAUAAGUAAUUCAGAACCAUCAGUGAAUUCAGAUAUGGGAAAAGUCAGUAAAAAUGAUACUGAAGAGGAAAAUAGUAAACCCUCCACAACUGACAAUGAAAUAAGUAGGACUGAGUUUUUAUGUGAAAACCCUCAAAAGGGUAAAGAUAAAGACAGUUCUUCAAAUGAAGUCUUCCUCCAAGGAGCUGAGGAAAGAAUGUGUUACCAAUGUGAGAGUGGAGAUGAAUCUCAGCAGACAGAUGAAGGUGGCCUGGCCAUUGCCCCUCCAACUCCCAGGGACUCCUUACAGCCCUCCAUUAAGCAGAGGCUGGCACGGCUGCAGCUGUCACCAGAUUUUACCUUCACUGCUGGCCUUGCUGCAGAAGUGGCUGCUAGAUCUCUCUCCUUCACCACCAUGCAAGAACAGACUUUUGGCGAUGAAGAAGAGGAACAAAUAGUAGAAGAAAAUGAAAAUGGGGGAGAAGAAAGAACCGAGAUUCACAUGAAGUGAUUGUAGAUUGUUCAAAAGUGUUUUAGCUUCAAAACUGGAAAGGGAAAAUGAGUGUAAGUUUACUAUAUAUGAAGCUAAAUUGUGAAUUUACAGCAAGAACCCUGGUUUGAAAAACUGAUCUGAAAAUUAGUACUUACCUGUAAAUGGCAGAUCUUUUAGGAAAAUAAGAGAAGGUAAGGGCUCUUUUGAAUAAACUGCGGUUUUAUUUGCAACAUGUCUGAUCAAUCUUGGAAAUUCUUUAAGUACUUUUAAUAAGAAAUGAAUUUAUCAUUUCUUGCCAGAAUUUACUACCAUAAGGUGACUGGGAUAAUUGCAAGAACAUUUACAUUUAUUAUGACUCCUUUUUACUGUAUUCUUGCAGUUAAUAACUGCAGCUAUUAUGUUAAUAAUAAGUUGUUUGUAUUUUAUUUUUGUUUAUACCAGUCUUAAAGCAAAGAGACAGGUUCUGAAUAAAAAAUAUUAAUUCAUACAAUUGAUGUGUGCUGGGCUUUGGAACUAAAGCAUAGUUUCAUAAGUACUUGGGUGAUAAGAUAUUUCUUAUGUUUCCUUGUUCAUGAGUGAAAUCAGCAGUUAAUUUUAAAAUGUCCUAUCUUUAAAAGAAAAACAUAGUACCAUUUUAAGAAUUACCCUUUCAAUUUUUUUGUUUAUCACUUCUUUUGUUCUUUAGUUGCAACUAAAGAAAUGAUGUCAAAGUGGGAUUCCUAUAGCCCAAGGCCCCAUCUUCAACUUAGCAGAAAGUUCUUUGAUUCAGUUUGUCUAGAGAUAAUUGGGUGCCAUUAACACAAGCAAAUCACAAUGCUGCUAUUUUCUAGCUCUAUCUACCUUACUGAGGUUCAGGAAACAUCCUGUUAGCUUCCUGGAAAGUACACUGUCUCCUUAACUUCAUUUACAGGUUAUGUCUUAGAAGAAACUGCUUCCCAAAUUGGCCAAUCUCAUCUGAUUGGAUUUUCAAGGAAUGAUAUUUUCAGGAGUAUACUGUUUUUGAAACCUGUACCUCCUAUGCACUGACGUAGUUUAUAGUAUUAUUUGGGGGAAAUGUAGAAGUAACUCAAUUUAUGCUGUCCUAGAAAGGAAGUUAUGUGGUGAAUCUAAAUUGUCUUAAGAAACACAUUCAAAUUCCUGUAACUUAGCACGCCUAGUGAGUACUUAAACUAAAAGGUGUUUUUUUGUUUGUUUUUUCAGUAAUCUAAGGAAAUUUAUCUUUUAUCCUGAGGAGAAACUUGGUUCUGCUUUAUAUGAAUAGCAGAGAUCCUUUGUACUGUAAAUGAUUUUGCCCGUUUCCAAAAUUCUGGAAUUUAUCCAUAAUUAACCUCUUAAGAGCAAUACCUUAGGGUGAGCCUAGUUUUACCACUUAGAAAUAGCUAAA